AUGUUUAUUCAAUGGCUUAUAUCUUUUCUUUAUAUUCUUGUUCAUCUCUUUGGCUAUAAUUUCGAAUAUUCAUCUUUUGCACAUGGUUGUUGGAUUUCUUUUAAAAAUAUUCGUGCACUUUUUCAAGCAUUAAUAAUCAUGUAUUGUGGUCCUAUAUUCAGCAUAUGCUUCAUGUAUGCAUAUAUUAUUCGACACACACGUCGAACAAUUCAUGUUCAACAACAACGGCAAACUCAUAAUAAACGAGAUUUACAAGUUCUUAAAAAUAUUGUAAUUCUUGUACUUGCUGCAAUGGGUGUUGGUAUAGCUACAGUAUUUACAUUGAUAUACUAUAUUAUUACUAACCAUUUAAUUCCCAUUGCUUAUCAUUUACAAGGAUUGAGUAUAUCUGGUGGAUUUCUUUUGGGAUCAAUUGGUUUUGCAUUGAUUACACCACAAAUAUAUGAGACAAUUAAAAUAAAACGACGAAUAACUACUGUUGUGACGACGAUCAGAGAAAUUCCUCGAACAACAAAUCAGACAAUGUGA